AUGUCACAACUUCCAUCAAGUUUCGAUAAUUCUAAUGUUGAAUAUGCAGAAGAAAUGCCGUUUUGGGAUAAAGUUGCAUUUCAUUGUAAACAACAACCGUUAGUUCCAUUAGGGUGUGCUUUGACAACAAUAGCUGUUAUUUUAGCUGCUAAAAAUAUUAAAUCUGGCGAUAAGAGAAGAGCUCAGUAUUGGUUUAGAUGGCGUGUCGGUUUACAGGGAGCAACUUUAGUUGUUUUGGUUGCGGGUAGUUUCUUGUAUGGUAAAAACUCUCAAGAAAGAAAAACACAAGAUGAAUUAAUGAAAGACAAGGCAAAGAUGAGAGAGAGGUUAUGGAUUCAGGAGCUAGAAAGAAGAGAUGAAGAAAUGAAGGCCAGGAAAAAGAGAGCUGAAUUAGCCAGGAUUAAGGCACAGGAGAUGGAGAAUGAAACUUCCAAAAUUCAAGAGGAAUUGAAAAAAUUGGAAAAAGAAAUUCAAGAAGGAUCAAAUAAUAAAAAUUAA